CAUCGCUCUAUCAGUCACGUCGCGCUGAAGUUUGUAGCUCCACUCGUUCGUAUAAAUACUUUCGUACACUGCCGCUAUUAUUUGGAAACAUGAAAAGGCUCGUUAUCUCUGGUUGUCUUGCCGUGCUGCUGCUAGUUAUUUCACUCGUUGUAGCUGUGAUCGUCAUGCUUAGGGAGGUUCACACACUUCAAACAGAGGUACAAGCUGGAAUGAAGGAACUCAAGGUAACGGAUGAGAACUGGAAUCACAUUGCCCUCAAACUUCUGCGUUCCAAUGAACGUCGAGCAGUCUGUAACCAAGAUAUGUGCUGCAGCAGAGAAGAACCUCAGCCGCAAUAUUUAGACGAAGACGAUGAGAAGAAUGGCCCUGCGAAACCUGAAUAUGAUCCCUACUGGAAAAUCGAUGACGCACAUAAAAAAGAAGCAAUCUGUGCUUACAAUGGCCGCUCAUUCGAAGAGAAGAGAACGAAUUUGGAGCUGCCACUUUAGAUAGACCGAUGUGGAUUAAAAAGGUUGUAUCACUUUCUCUAAUGUGACAUUUAGAAAAUGUCGUAAUGCUGUGUUACAACGGCGUAACACAGGUUGAGUUUUCAAAAAAAUUAACUAUCUUCAUUUCUUGUUCUUUCCUUUUAAAGCGUUCUGUUUACUAUUUUUGCAGCAUAUCUUCUUGUAUAAGAUUUGGAAGAGGUGUUAAAAAUUGUGCUCAUAAUAGCCAUAAUGGCUUUGAGGAAGAUUAAGAGGCACCUUGCGAUCUCAGUUGACACUCGGCUCACGAGAAUAGCGAACGCGAAUUUAAACGUUUUGCAAACAAAUCAGAACAAAGACGUAACUUCCCAACGA